CGCAGUUACUCUCGAUCGGUUUUAUUAAUCGCGUGUUUACCUUUAGAGACCUUUAGUUAAAGAACACUCUAUUAACUCGUUGUGUCCGAUAUUAAUGUACCCAAGACGCACCAACCGGCCUCUAAGCGGAAUUAAAACAAAAUUAUACUCAAAUAAAGUGCGGGAGGUUAGAAGAAGAAAUAAACGUGAAUGAUCGUUCGUUGUUGUUGUUGCACAAGUUGCAAUAGAACCAGUGACAGUCAGUGUUUGCGGGUGUGUCAUUCAGAUCCAGGUUAUACCAACAUUACGGUUAUAACUGUAGUUAUGAAAUAAAAGAAACACUUUUCAACAACUCACAAUCUGCGGCUUUUUUGAGCUUCAGGCGAUGCGGCGAGGCGACCACAGCGUUCAUUUAUCAUUUUAGCGUCCGCAUGCCAUGCUACAGACUGGACUUGUUGUAUAUGUUGUCUACCUCUACAAGUCUGCGGAUCUGUGACGACGUUGUAUGAGCGUUUAUGAGCUUAUGAUGCAAUCAAAGCAAAAUUAUUGCUUAAGUCGAAUAAGUACCUAUAGUGUACAUUUUGUACAAGUACAGCGUUGUUGGCGUUCAAUGUUUGCUUUGCUUUCUGUGUGUUUUUCGUACUGAAUGGAAAACAAGUCUUGCUUGUGACUUGCUGGGUAAUAAAGGUUACUUAACGGUUAUCGGUCCGCAAAAAGGUUGUGACUUGUUUUAGUUGAUUUAUCUUGAAGUUGAAUUACUAUUUACCUUAAUGCCAAUGAUUUGUGUCUUAACUUUUAAUAUUUGUUGGUUAUUAAUCAAAUUUAUCAUCGAAUAGAAACAACAAAACAUACAAAGUGUUAAAAGCUCAAUAAAUCCAUCCAAACAAACAUAACAUAAGAUUAACAAUAGCCGUAACUGCCUUCUUCAAAGCGGAACCCAAAUGUUCGCAUUCACUAACUAAAACUAUAAAGAAGCCCAAACGAAGUAGGAGUAUAGCGUAUAGCUUUAAGUAUAUUUAAAAAAGUAAUGCUAAAAUUGUGCAAGAUUCAAACUUACCCGAACGGAACGCUUGGUCUACAUUUAAGUCGCGCUCCAUGGGAUCCAUACCCUUGGGUAAGUGGAGUGCAAGAUGGUUCGAAUGCGUACCAGGCCGGUGUGCGUACCGGUGAUACGGUACUCGAGCUAAAUGACUGUGAUGUGCUAGGUCAUAAAAUUUCCGAAUUAGCAGCUAAAAUACAAAGUCAUUGGAAAAAAGGCUGUCGAAAUGUAACGAUGUUGAUAUGGCGUAAUAAGACUGAAAAUACUGUUGUAAACCAAGAUUCAUUGCAGAAAUUUGCAAAGUGUCUUCAAAAUGUCGCCCAACUUUUGGAAUGUCCCAUCUGCCUUGAGAUUGUUAAACCGCCCGGAUGGCAAUGCUGUAAUGGACACGUACUGUGCAAUAGUUGUCGAGGUCGUACAGUCAAAUGUCCCAUUUGUCGAGUCACACUUGGACCACGAGGAAGAUGCCUACUCUCCGAUAAAUUGUUCACACUGCUCGCCGAGAGUUUUCCCUGCGACGGAGUUAAAAACAACAAUUCAUCGUCGAAAAACUACUCAAAUGACUGCCAUGAGACUCCACUCAUCAAAACCAUGAUUGACAAUUCACCACGAACGUCAUCGUCUUGUUCAUCGUCCUCAUCAUCAUCACCAACUUUAGAAAAAGUCUAUCAACGCAAGCAGUUAACGGAGAAAGCAAUUUUAAAUUAUCUCAGAAAACCCAAUAACAACAACAACAGCAACAAUAACAACAAAAACAACAAUAAACUUUCUGUUGGUAGUAAAUCAAGAACUCCUGAGGACGAAGACGACGACGACAACAACAACGAAAACAAGGAACUAGAAUCCGAUGAUGAUGGCGAGGACGAAGUUGAAGACGAGGACGUCAACAAUGUCGUCCUUAAACUUAAUCAAAAGUCAAAGAAGAAAAACGAUUUUGUCGACGACAAGCAAUAUAAUUCUUCCUGCAGUUCGCCGUUGACGACGACGCCUCCACCGCUGGCCCACCAGCAUCUUUACCACGACCAUCAACAACAUCAAAACCUCCCUCAGUCCCAUCACUGCUGUGCACUCCUCGGACAACAGGAGUUAACUUUUCAUUGUCCAACUGGGAAAUCAUUGUGCUCCUCCGAUCGGCCACCCGACCCCGAAUCUGACCCUGAUUCUAAAGUCAAGACGUUAGAUUGCAUCUGGACACACGAUAUCAGCCGUACUUCUUCUCGUUCUCAACUUCGUUCUCAUCCUCGUCUUUGUCGAAGAAAACUAAAAGGCGACCCCGAAGACGACGGUGAGGAGGGAAAGUUUGAAACUUCUGGCAAAUUUAUCACGAAAUGGGACAUCCUGUCCCAUUUGACUCAGGUCCAUCAAAUUUCUGUUGCACAGCACUAUACAGACUUUGGUCAAGCGGUCAGGUUGCAGUUGUUGCAGAAUUUAAAGUCCAUUCCAUGCAUUACAAUUCAAUCAGAACGCAACUGGACUCGGGAUAAGCAGAACUUAAUGCAAGCUUUUAUGUCAUCAGGGAUUGGUAGAGAAAAAGUCCAAGGACAUGAAUAUAAAACGACAAUUCAUCCCAAGAAUGUCCUCAACCAAACAACUACCGAACUCUUCUUCGUCGCUUGUAUUCCUCUUGACGAAGAAGACCAAAACGAGGACGGGUAUCGGGAGGUGUACGAUGAAUCAAGAACGUUUUCUGAUGGCAACUUGAAAGAGGAGGAAGCAUUCCAUCGGAAUUCCAUGAAUGACGUGGUGCAUGCAGAUCCCAGAAAUGAUAUACCACCAAGCUACGAUGUUGUUGGUAAUACGAGUACCACAGGACCUCCACCGUCACCAUCGUCAUCGUCGUCGUCGUCAGUUGUUGUUGCCUCACCCCAGGGAGCAUACACCGGGGUCAUUAAAACAGAAACGAAUUCAAAAUCAACCCGGAAAGGCACCCAUAGUCAAACCACCGGCUAUUUGAUUCUGGACCCCGAUCGCAAUCCCAAUUCGGAGAAGUCCAAAACCUCCUCACCAUCACGAUAUGUCAAGCACUGCCCAACCAAUUCCCAUGCUCGCACCGGUUACAGGAACACUAGCCUAGGGGUCGAUACAUGUACUUGGUCUUCCUUCCAAUCUUCGUCGCUCUCCUCUUCUCCAUCGUCAUCAUCUUCAUCAUCAUCGUCACCAUCAUCGUCGUCGUCGUCCUUAGCAUCCUAUUCGAUGUCCAGUUCGACGAGCUCUCAUUGUUGUUGUUCGUCUCCUUCCGACACCCUAGUGAACCGACAACAUGCAAUUUUCAUUUGGUAUUUCGGCAGCGAUUGCGACGUGAAAAACUUCCAAACUGUGAUCGAAUGCAAACGUACAGGACUCAAAUGGACAGGUUGUGUCCACCCACUGACGAAAAGUUGGUCGUCCUUGCAACGGCAACAGCAGCAGGCAAAGCAAGAGCACCGGCACAUGGAACAGCAAUUUCUUGUACUGAAUUCGAUGCCAGAUGGCGGCGACAAUUUUUUCGAUAUUCUCAUCCAAACUAAAUAGCAUCCUUCUCCCCCUGCUCCCCAAAAUUCUUGUCUACGAGAUGGUAUCGAGUCGGGAUUGCACCUUUGGAAGCAUAGUCCGAUAGUUUCAUAAGAGCAACGUGUGUGAGGGGAAGUUCAACAGUUAUUAUUAGUUAAAUAGUAUUUAAAUUUAAAUAAAAUGCAUA